GUAAACAAAGGAACAGCGAGAGCAGGAGCUGUCAAGUCGGUAUCGUGCCGAAACCACGCGGUUUUGUUAUUUUCGGCUGUAAACGUUCUACCAAUCGUUUGUUCCAGUGCUGGUUGAAAGAAAAAGAAAGAUCUAUAAAAUGUUGAACGCCGAACCUGCAUUCCCACGCGGUGUCGGUGGUAAUGGCGCUGGACGGGUUUCUAAACACGGUCGCAAAAACAAUGCCACGAAAUCAAAAACAUCCUUCGAACGUUACGGUGCGGCAAUUUUCCGCGAGCAAAAGGUUCCCCGACUUCGUCCCAAGGAGCGUCACCAGGUAUCGCAGACUGAAAAGGAGCUGGAUGAAGCUGAUGUUCAGCAAGCGUUGACUGCCGAGAACCUGUCGCUUCAGUCUCUUGGUCCAGGCAUGCUCGUCUUGGGCUGUGUGAAACUCGUAAGCGCUACGUGUCUGGAUGUGGUACUGCCUGGGCGUAUAAAGGGCAACGUGCCGAUAGCAAACAUAUCGAACGAAUACACCGCACAGCUGCAGGAGCCGGUCCGCUCCAGUUCCAGUAAUUGCCCGACGUUAAAAGAUAUGUACAAGGCCGGAGACCUGAUAUACGUGAAGGUACUCGAGGUGCAAAAACAGCCGCAUACCACGGUGACGCUUUCGCUGAAACCCAGUGAUCUACACAGUGACUUUGCACCGUCGCAACUCACCACCGGUUUAGUGUUGGCCGCAACAAUUGUCGCCAAGGAAGAUCACGGGUACCGGAUGGAUGUGGGUAUCCGUAACGUGCGCGCGUUUCUACCUGCUGAAAAUCUCGGCCAAAAUCAAACCAACGUUGGCCGCAACCUUGUUUGCUCGGUGGAACAGGUGGUCCAGCAAAGUCCUGGUGCGACCAUAGUCCUGAAGGCCUUCAACCCGAACACGCCAUGGGUGCUGAAUGUAGAGGAAGCUACCCUGGAAACGAUAGUGCCCGGCUGUCGGCUAUCGUUCACCGUAGGUGAACCGGUACAGUACGGUCUGCGAGGAAUGCUCUUUGAUGACACGGUCCCCGCGUACGCAAAUGAGCUCAUGCUUACCAAGCCGACGAGCACGCCGCAAAAGUACAGCAUGUUCAAGAAGCUACCUGCCACCAUGCUGUACAUGAUGCCCCGUACGAAACAGGUAUUUGUGUCACUGAGGCCGUACCGGAACAAUCGGUGCGAGAUGGAUGCGGCCUACGGGCACGGUGCGACUAUCGAGAAGGCUUGCGUGAAAUUCAUCAAUAACGACGGCAUUUGGCUUCAGUACGGGAAAAAGGGCCGAGCUCUCAUUCAACGAAAUAUGCUGCUGAAAAGUGCCGCCAAGUCGGGCAACGUAGACGAAAAUGUCAUACUGGCAAAAUUCCAAAUCGGAACCACGCACAGAGUGUGCGUAGUGUUCCACGACCCACUCACAAACGUUUGCGUAGUCACCAACGAUCCCGCGAUGGUCGAUGCGGAGAUCCGAACGGCGGGCGACAUCAUUAUCGGCAAAACGUAUAAUUGUCGCGUUGUCGAGAAAGAAGGAAACAAAGUCCUGGUGACUGUUGGAAAGGCGAGAGGAUCAGUGGAGCACGAGCUGUACGAUCGCAAAAACCCGCUCAACGUGAAUGAGUUUGCGAAAGUAAGAGCCGUUUCACGUUGCGGAGAUCUGAACCAGCCGAGCGUCAGGUUUACGAACCAUCCGUUGCUACUGAGCGAAGAUGCUAUGAUCUUACACGACUGGGAUCAGCUGGACGCCACUCGGAAAGAUCAGUGCUUCCACGGUGUGGUAGGCGUGAAGAAAAUUGACAAGAUUUUAGUAAAAUUCUUCAACAACAUUUCCGGCGUGCUGACGGUAAAGCAUGCAACGGACGUUUGUGCCAAACUGGGCAGCCUUCGUGUGGGUGACGUAGCGAAAUUCGCUGUGAGUGAAUUUGACAAGAAUACCCGUAAGCUUUUCCUCGCACUACCGCAUACCGGCGAUCAGGUGCAACCCGUUGCCGUUGAUGCUACGAUUACCUGCAUCCAUGCUACCGGUGUGGAAGUGCAGACGAAGCAUGGUGGUGAGGUCGGUACCAUCCCAUCGGAAUGCUUUUCCGAGUUUGGUGAGCACAACUCGCUGUACAUGAGACUGUUUCACGAAGGGCAAACUAUUCGCGUCAUGAAAACAACCUCCGGUACGUACAGCUUCCGGUUGAAAGAGUACUUCAAGACGCACCCGACCGGCGUCCAAUCCGUGGUACAAGGAACACUGCUGAAGGGAAGCUGCAUCACGGUGAAUGGCGUCGUCUAUGCAACACCGUUGCUGAACAAUUAUUCGGAACAGUUCGAAGUGAUGGGAUCGAAAGGAAAGGGUAGGAUUCCGGAUGGUUCCACCAUUAUGAUGCGUGUGGAAAAGGUCGAGCAACAACCCCCGGCCGGUGACUACCGCAUGAAAGUGGACACAUCGCUGGAGGCUGUAUGCGAAAAUGGCAUCGAUGGAGUUUACGAAUUCGUGGCGGCCUACAUGCAGGAUGUCGACGAUUUGAUUCAAAGGUACCAAGAGAGGCAGUACGCGUUUGCGAACUACACCAUCGGUCAGCAUGUGGAGUGCGUGAUCGAGCACGUCAUACCAAACUCCGACAAAUUGGCUGUAGAAGUGCAUGCAGUCGAUAAGGAAUCGAAAAACGUUACCAAAGGUAUCGCGGUUCUACCGAACCAACCGGCCACUUCGUACAAGGUCGGUACCAAGGUGCCCGGUCGCAUAGUGUGGAUCGAUGUGGAGCGAAUGUUGGUGCACGUCUGUUUGGACCAAUCGCUGUUUGAUCGUAUACCGUUGAAUGGCAACGCUGGUCCACGGACAACGUUCCUGCAAGAACCCCAAGAUUGUUGUGUAUUGUUUGCGAACCAAUUCGUAAAAGUUUGCUGCCUUCAGUGCGGCCCGGCACAAUUGUUGAUUGUUCCGGUAAAACACCACUACAACGACUGGCAGGACAGCGAGGAGCCUGGCAAUGUGAUGAAAGUAAAGUUGAUCAAACCAAUCGGCGCGAUGGUUUUAGCUAUGCUUGAAAACAUGAUCUUCCUGUAUGGUUCGUUGAGUGCGAAUAAGCUGCAGACCGGGCGACACUCGGCGGAAUUAACGUCCCAGACUUCAGAGGAAACGGAUGAUGAGGACAUGGACCGGGAGGAGAGCGCAUCAAAUGAUAACUCUUCUACCUCCAAGCGCAGUUUACUGCUGCUAGGAAAAAAUGGCAAACCUAAAGCGUUGAAAACGGGAAAGCUGAAGCGCAAGCUUGUCGGCAAAGAAUUAGAAAAAGGAUCCUCCGCUAAAGCUAAAGAAACAAAUGGAGCAAAUGGUACACUGUUGCCCAUUAAGAGGAAAAAGAAAAAGACCAACGAACCGUUCUCCCAGGAGGAGCAAGAAACGGCGAUGACCACUAUCAUGAAACUAAAGGAAAAACAACAGACCACCAAACAAUCUAUGCUGCUCGUUGGAAAGAAAGACCAAGCGACAAAGUCUAAGUUGAAAAAGAAGAAAGCUAAAGCUUUUGUAAUCGAGCAGUUAGAUGGGGCCGACGCUUUCCAUCUACAUCAGCUGGACGGCGUGGAUGACGGGCCAAGCGGAACGGGCGCAAGGCAGGCAAAAAAGCGUAAGCACACGCCCGACGCCCAAAGGUUACCGGGCGCAACCAAUUUCUGGGACAGUACGCCCGUGUACAAACGUUCGGCCGCUGACUCGAGCGACGACGAGUCGGACAGCAGUGAGCAGGGUGAGGCUGUGCCGAAAAAGCGUACCACCGCCAAGGAACGGUUCGAAGCGAUGAAGCAGGAGGAAGAGCGACUGCGCAAGAUAGAGGAAGAGCUGGCCAAUCCUUCCGUCGAUCCGCACACACCGGACCAGUUCGAUCGGCUGGUGUUGGCGCAACCGAACAACAGCAUGCUUUGGAUUCGCUACAUGGUCUUUCACAUGGAGUCGGCCGAACUGGAGAAGGCGCGUGCGGUCGGGCGAAGGGCACUGAAGGCGAUCCAUUUCCGCGAGGAAACGGAUCGGCUGAACGUGUGGGUUGCGCUGCUGAACCUGGAAAUCCGCUACGAAACGGUGGACAGCUUCAAGGACGUGCUGCAGGAAGCGAUCCAGUACAAUGACGCGUUUAAGGUGUACACGCGCGUAAUUGACAUUCUAAUCGACUGCCAAAAGCAUACCGAGGUGCAGGAGCUGCUGGAACUGCUGCUGAAGAAGUUCCGGAAGCAAAACGGCAUGUGGUACCUGGUGGCGGACGCAUGGUAUCGCAUUGGGCAGGGCAGCAAGGUGAAGCCGCUGCUUAGCCAAGCACUGAAAUCCCUACCGACCCGCGAUCAUAUUCCGUUGAUUGUGAAGUUCGCUUUCCUGCACAACCGCAACGAGAACCGGGACGAGGCGCACCUGCUGUUCGAACAGAUACUGACCAGCUAUCCGAAGCGUACCGACAUCUGGUCGCAGUACAUUGACAUGCUGGUGAAGGACAAUCUGGUUGGCAAUGCGCGGCAAAUCCUGGAGCGUGCGAUCAUGCAGCGGCUGCCGCUGAAAAACAUGAAAACGCUCUACACCAAGUACGUCAACUUUGAGGAAAAGCAUGGCGAUCGCGAUAGCGUACGGCGCGUGAAGCAGAUGGCGGCCGACUUUGUGCAGGCUCAGCUAAACAAUGCGGGCAUUAAGAGUUAGGCGGGCCGCUGCGCUGCUUUAAAAUACACAACAUACAGCAUGUAUGUAUCCAGCUAUAGGUUCAAAUAAAAUGUAUUUAAAUGCACAAUCUA